GGAACCACCCAUUAUCUCCCAUCCCCUGAAAAAGAGCAGAAAUAAACUUUCUCGUCUAUCCUCUACUUCGACUCUUCACCAGAAAAACAAUGAACAUUUGUGCUCUGCAACUCAACAACUGUCUCCUUCCCUCCCCAAAACAACCACCAUCCUCCCUCCCUUCUCUCAAACCCUCGAAAACCCACCUCAAACUAACAAAAUCCCCCCCUCUUACUCUCAAUCUCAAUGCCACCUCUCCUAGAACAAAACCAGAACUCCCUAUCUCAUCUAAAAUCCCAAGAUGGGUUUUCCUUGGUGGAGCUUCACUGAGCCUUGCCUUCUUGAUCCUUGGUGCUGAUGGUCAGCAUGAGGCCUUAGCCAUUGGGCCUGAAGGGCCUUUAGUUGAGGAGUUUUGGGACAACAUGAGGAGAUAUGGACUUUAUAUCUUGACAGUGAGCACUGGGGUUAUCUACACAGUUUUCCAGCCCAUUGUUGAGCUGCUCAAGAAUCCUGUAACCGCAAUCCUCAUCAUCACCGUGGUGGUUGGUGGUGGUUAUCUUGUCUCUCAGGUUGUGAAUGCUAUGGUGGGAUUAUCCGAUUUCUCUUAUAAUUAUGGGUAUUGAAGUUCAAAUUUCAAUUUCGUUUUUAAUUUCAUUGUGAAUUUUGUUUGUGAAGAACUGUGAUAAUGAUAAUAUAUUAGUAGUUAAGAGAGGUUGAACUUUUGAAUGUCAAUAUAUCUGUUUGAUCAUCCAAA